CCUGUGCGUCAGUGACCGCACAGCGGGGCAGCAGGCAGGGCUGCCGGGGCCCUGAGUGUCGCUCGGGACGCAUCGUGUGAGACGCCUCGGGCCGGCUGGGAAGUACUAGUUCUGUGCCCAGUUGGCUGCAGUUCACACUGAAGUGCAGUGGCCUUCGGAUCGCCCCUCUGCCGGCCCGCCGCCUCCGUGUGUCUUGAGGAGACGGGACCCUAAGAAGUCAGCGUCGCUUCCAAGGAGGCAGGAGGUGCUUGCUUGUGGCCCUUGGGCCAAGGUUUAAACGCCUUCUGGGUUUGGGGGCCCCCGGGGCCCCAUGAGAGCGGCCUGGUGGGACUGACACGGGUUUCGACGGGAGAGGCUCACCCCACAGCCAGGCGGCGUGGCGCGUGUGCCGGCUCAGCUGAAGCCCCCAACAGAAGCUCCAGCAGGCCAGCGCGCUCUGCGUGGCCACCACCGGCCCACAGCGCGGCCGGAGCCUGCCCAUUUUCCAGCCUCCUACCGGGGACUGGCGUGCCGCCCUGUGCCUUGCCCUGGCCCAGCGUGUUCCCAAGGUCGCUGUUAGUGGAGUGGUGGCCCCACCACUGACAGCGCUCUGUGAGGGGUGUCCUCGCGGGGUGUCACUGCGGCUCCAGGCACUGUCACGGCACUGUCACGGGCGUCUACCCUGGCCGUUCCCACGCGCUCUGGGGCACCUGGGUGCUGCGUCGCUGCCCUGCAGGGCACUGCAGGUAUCGCACUUUGCCAUGUGGUGGUUCUGGGGGGCCACCUUGGCCCUUCUCCCGGGUCGUGGGUGAGCACGGGUGUCUUCCUGUGUUUCCCAGCUGGCCGGGCUGCGUGAGGUGGCUGUUCACCUCUGCGUCAGUGUCCUAUUGGGUUCUCUGUUCUGUGCGUCUGCUUUGCAGAAGCGCUGUACGUGUCCUGGGACCCAAUUAUCAGCAACAUGCGUGCACACGUGUCCUGCCUUGGGGUGUGGCUUUUCAGAGCUAGGGGGUCUUCCUCUCCUGACGGAACUGAGGGCAGGUGGCGGUAGGGGCUUCGUGCAGGCAGCGAGCCGUGGACACUUGCUGCUGCGUUUGGAGUGCAGGGCCCGGCUCUCCAUGGCGGGGGUUGCCAGAGACCCAGCCUCGUGCGCCGACCACGAAGAGGGUCUGCGGCUCGGGUCAGGGGCAGCCUUGCCUCUUCUUUGUGCAGUGACCGUGUGGUGACCAGGGCCAGGGGUGGCGUGGUGGGCUCAGGCCGAAGCCCGCCUGGGGCUCUCACUGGAAACCCGCUCUUCACUCCCCGCGUCCGCGCUCGGCCUCAAGCAGUGCUGCCAGGUUUCUCUGAGUGUCCCGAUGCUCACGAGGCCUUGCUGCCUGCCCUACUUCUGCCGCCCCCAGAGCACGAGGUGGCCCAAGGAAGGGCCUCCAGCUGCAGGCUGGGCAAGGGCCCUGUGGCGUCCGGUGGAGCACGCCCAAGCUCGCGUGUCCGGGCCUCACCUUCCAGGCCAGGGCUGUCGUCCUGCUGGAGGCCACACGUGAGUGGGGGUGGGCGGGGACGGUAGACUGGUGGCAUGGAGCAGAAACGCGGACGGUGCAGAGAGAAGGCAUCAUGUUGGGGGCUGCAGCACCGAGAGCCUGCCUGUGCCCCGCUGUUCUGUCUGCGCCUGCCUUCCCUGAGGUCCCCUGUCCCCCGCACUCUGGGCAAGGCCGGUCACAUGGGACCCAGCUGUCAAACUCUGGCAGCAGUUCAGCCCGAUAUCCCCUCUUUGGGGUCCAGACGAGGUUGGGGUUGAGCGUCAAAACCAGCCAAUCGCUGCCAUGGACGUAGUGAGGGUAUCAUGGGCGUUACCCUGACGUACACGGUCAUGGUCCGGAAAGUCUGGGAACCUGCUUUUGUCUGGCGCCACAGGCUGAGCUGUCCCUGGGACUUUCAAGGCUGCUGUCCACCAGAACGUAAAAAGUCCAGCUGGCCGCCAGAAGGAUCUCACUGUGUUGUUAUUUGAAAUUUCUCAUGACAGAACCAUGCAGGACAUUGUUUACAAGCUGGUCCCAGGCCUCCAAGAAGCGGAAAUGAGAAAACAGAGAGAAUUCUACCACAAAUUAGGCAUGGAAGUGCCUGGAGACAUCAAGGGGGAGACUUGUUCUGCAAAGCAACACUUGGACCCCCAUCGGAACGGUGAAACCAAAGCGGAUGACAGUUCGAACAAAGAGGCAGCAGAAGAGAAGCAGGAGGACGACAACGAUUACCACAGAAGUGACGAGCAGGUGAGCAUCUGCCUGGAGUGCAACAGCAGCAAGCUGCGCGGCCUCAAGCGCAAGUGGAUCCGCUGCUCGGCCCAGGCCACCGUCCUGCACCUGAAGAAGUUCAUCGCCAAGAAGCUGAACCUGUCCUCUUUCAACGAGGUAGCGCGCCCUGGGGCCUGCGCGCCGUGGCCGGCCCGGGGAGCCGUGCUUCCGAGUUCUUUGGGCUCCGCAACUUUGGAGACUUUAAAUCAGGAAAAGCCCUCAGUGUGUUUGGCCCCCAGCUGGACAUUUUAUGCAACGAGGAAAUCCUGGGCAAGGACCACACACUCAAAUUUGUGGUUGUCACGAGAUGGAGAUUCAAGAAGGCGCCGCUGCUGCUGCACUACAGACCCAAGAUGGACUUGCUGUGAGCGGGCGGCAGGCUCGCGGCCCUCGCGCCCCGGCGCCCAGUGAGCGCGGGGCUGGCGCAACCACGACCACCGCGCUCCAGGACGUCGCCUCGGGGUGUCCUGUGGACCAGAUUUCCGAAUAGAGAAUAUUUAUAACUUUUAUAUGCGAGAACUCACACUCAACAAGACACUACCAGCACCAGGUGACAAGAUGCCGAGACACUUCAGUCCUUCAGCCAGACCAGAGUGAUGCGUGCAGUGGUGGCGUGUCCCAUCCUGACACACGUGACCUUCGCUUGCUUCCAGGUCCUCAAAAUCUUGGUCGUUUCGGUUUAGUUUAUGAAUUAGGUUUCGUGAUAAGCCUCGAGAACACUUGUACGUUUAUUGAAUCCUAAGUUAUUGAAAAAAUAUCUUUUCAUGGUGAAUGACGAUAUUUAUGUUGCCUUUAGCUACCUGAAGACUUAGAAGAUAUAUAAAAAUUUAAUUUAAAAGCGUACCAAAAGAGGUGGCCAUUGAUGUUACGCGUUAACCAUGCUGUCCAUUUCCCCAUCGUGCAGCCCACGAGCCGACAGCCUCCGGCCCCUGGAGCUGCUGCGUGACGUCGGCGCCCGUGGGCCGGGGCAUCUGAGCGGCUCAACGCUGGUUUGCAGAGCGUUCUUGUUCUUCUAAAUUCCUCUGGUGAUCAAACAGGGCACCGAUGAUUCAGUGCUGCCACUUAACGCCCUGCUCGUCCAACCCCGUUUUCACGCAGAGUGGCGUCUGGGCGCCUCUCCUGAGAAGGCACCUCCAUCGGGGAGGGGCCAGUGCCGACGCAGGGUCCCCGUGACCCCCCGGGACGCCGGCCACCAGCCCUCCCCUCUGCUGGCCCUUGCACACCACGUGGCCGUGCCUCCUGGAGGACAGUUUUCAGGCCGAGCACCCCGGGGGCUGCUCUGUGCCCCAGUGGCUUACUUAGUUCUGUAGUGACCGAACACACCAGUCGCAGGCAGCACACACUUUGUCAAACCCUUUCUCUUCCCAAAUGUCAAUAUUUUUGUGGAAUUAGAGAAUAAAUUCUUUGCUAGCACACAAAUAUUUGUUCCUUUAAGAUAGUACCUUGGAAUGUAUAAAGCAAGAACGAGGUCAAGGACCCAUUUUCCAGAGGGUCAGCGUCGUCACCUCCGUCUGCAUGUCCCACUGACCUUGCGUUCCUCCCGCCGUCACCUUGCGGGCUGCUGCCCGUCAGCUGCCUGGCCCGUGGGGUCCUGGGGCCGCGAGCCCCCACCCCCCGCCUCCGAGGGUGGCCCGAGGGCUGGGUUUUCCAUGAAAUAUUUCACUUUAGUGACGAGAAUUUUUUCUUGCAUUUGCUUCAGAAGUUAUGGUUGGGCUCACGGACCUUCACUCUUGUUUUCUCUGCUUCCUGUCUCGUGUACAUAAACAUGAGAAGCAGCUGACAGUGAGACCUGACCUCAGUGAUGAGAAACGUUCAGAUGCUUCCACCCAAGCGAUGUUAUGUAAGGCCUUUUCAAACACAGAAGCCGGUUGUUAGGAGCUGGCCAGCCGCCUCCUCACCUCAGCCCCCACCCGCGGUUCCGCCAGGACCGUCCAGUUUCCUCAGCCGUCCAUCCCCUUCGUCUCCGUGGGACACGAGGCUCAGCGAGCGGCCGUGUGUGAGUAAAUAGUACCUGUCUACCUCAAAGUACACAUCGCCGCCGGAGCUCUAGACCGCGAGUCGCCACGCUGCGCCUGGGCAUGGCGCCGGGGUCUUGGCCUUGUCCUGUGUGGCGAAGUGACGGGGUGAGCGGCGAAGCACCCGAAUCCAGACGAAAUCGGUCCAGGAUCAGAGUCAGCUGGCUGCGGCUGUAAGAACCCCGUGUAUUUGUAACUUUGUAGCUAUCUUUGAAAUCACUUGAAUUUGCUAUGGUGCUAAGUCGAUACAUCUGAACAGAGAUGGAGGUAAGUCGGGGCCAGCGUCCCCAUCACGGCUGGCUGCUGACCUCGCGUGUGUGGCCCACCUUCGUAAUCGUAGAACCUGACAGAACCUCAGCCGCAGAAGUAGCUAUUUUUCUAAGUUUCCUUGUGCAGAACGCACCACGGGACGGGCCCUCUUCUGACCGCGCCCCGCCGCAGAGGCUCACGGCGCUGGGCCCUCAGUGAUGUCGAAAGGCUGAAUUUCGCGGGUUUCAGCAUGAAAGUCAGGCUCGGUGAGUGACGGGAUCCCAUUAGGUUUUCUCCUACCGGAGGGAGUUACUGUGAAGUCGCCCUCACAGGUGCUUGUGCAGCGGGACCGUCACCCAGCACUCAGUCCCACCGACAUGGUUUCCAUGAAAAUAGAAAAUUCAGAUAGAAUAUAUAAUAUUGAAUUUAAGGUUUUGGGGGGUUAAGAAAAGAAAACCUAACUUUAUAAAAUUAUUUAUUCUAUUUUAAGCCUCUAUCAUAUUUUCCCAUCCAGUGUUUGGUUUCCGUGGUCCAGCUUUAUUUACAGGCAUAUAAAAUGAAAUUGUAAGAUGUUUUGCAAGCUUCUUUUUACUUUGAGUCAUUUUAAUUUGUAUGUCAUUGUUUUGUGGGGAUGAAGAGCUUUGUUUAUGCUUUUGUGCAAUAGGUUCCAACACGUGUUCAUUAGACACACGUUUAAACGGUAGCGUAGCGUCUUUUCCGCAGAAUUGAAAAGGAGAGUAAGUGGAGUCUCAGAGUCCGUACAGUCAGCAUCUGGCUUGUUUUCAUCGUCAGAAGGCUUACAGUGCGUGUGCCUGGGCAGGAACGCGUGGCAGCAGCAUUCAGAAGUAAGCGGCCCGGCCACGUGGCUGCCGUGGGUCUUGUGGCCUUGAACGCCGUGUGCCACGCCCCUGGACAUCCCUCCCUUCCCCGCACCGACCACAGAUGUGACGGUGCCGCCUCCCUGAGCUCCGAGCCCGCCAGGGCAUGCGGCCUCCUCUCCACCCCUUUAGAACCUGUUUAGUUUUCCCUCAGAGCGCACAGGUGUUUUCCAGGGAUCUGAAGUGUGUCGUUGGAUUGAAUGUUCUAGGAAUGAGCCAGCCGGUUUCUGCCUUGUGUGUGAAUCUCUGAUGUGCUCUCAAAAACAUCGAAAACAACUUCAGUGCAGGUAGCUAAGCCACAAAAUGUAGUUUCUCCGUGUCCUCAGGAAAUCACGCACACUCCGCCACGUCACCUGUGACCUUAGCCUGACAAACCCGUGCGCGUCUCUGCUGUGGCAUCUAAGUGAACUGAGUGCGUCGAGAUCGGUGGAUGAGAGAAUGUCGUUGAGACCGCACUGCUGUCUUUACAGAGGCUCCCUGCCAGGUGGGACGCGGCUACUGCCCGCCCGGGCGCUCCCCACCUGUCUGGAAGCACGCCCGAAGUGUGGCGUCCCCGAUGGUGUGUGCAGCACAGUGUCAGUGUCCCUUCCAACAUCUCGAUGGGGUUCGUGGGGUUCAGGGCAAGAGCUCACCUCUGAGCCUGGCUGUCGGGCGUGGAGAUGACAAUGCAGAAUCAUAUUUUUGACUGUUUAAUUUGAAAGUUUACAUUUUUUAUGCUUUGUGUUGGUGUGUAAUUUUUGUACUAUUGGUGGCUAGUUUUUGUCUACAAUCUUUUUCGAAAUAUUGCUUAAGUGCUUUGAUUUUAUGACCGUGAAGCUUGUAUUCAGUGUUUUGCCAAUUAAUAUUAUAUGCUUGUAAUAAAAGCAAAAGAAAAACUUGACUAAAUUUA